GCCUCUUCUCUUCUUUCAUGGGCUCAUUCCGCCUGCUAUCCUCCCUGACCUACCUCCUCCUCGUUAUCCUCACUAUAUGUGCCAUCCUGCUCUCCUGUGUCGCCCUCCUCUCUCAAGCUGUGCGGACCUCCCCAAGCCGGUCCUGGUCAAGGAAUAUCAACGCCCUCAUCAUCGGCGCCAGCUACGUCGUUGUCUUCUUCACUUCCCUAUUCUUCUGUGCCAAACGCCGCAUCGCCGUCCGCCUGAAAUUGCAAAGGAUCUCAAAGAACUACAGGCCAAUUGGGAAGGGGGAUGUGCCGAAUACUGUGCAUGAGUACAUCACGAGGGAGUACCUUCGUGCGUGUCUUGUGUCGUAUGAAUCAGAGCCCAAGGAGGCGUUUCAUCCUGGCUGGGGACGACCGGGGACCAAAUACGCUGGAGUGAGGUUUCGCAGGGCUUUGUUGGAUAUCGUCGCAGAGAUAGAUGCCCUCGCCCAUGUGGUAAUCCCGACUCACCCAGUGCUUAAACCACAUGCAAGGAUGAUACAUCAUUUUCGUUUCAUUGUGCCCCUGCUUGACGAUCCGGUCGUGUUGCGCGUGUAUGAUUCUGCGAUCCAACUUGCCAGGAACUCGGAAGGCGAGCCGACGGAGGAAGAGUUUGAAGUUGGCUGGGAGGCAGCGGAGGAAAUCAAACGAACAUUGGAUGGGUGCAGGAUGGAGAUGAUGGAAGGCAGUAUGACCCAGCUCAAUGUGUCGGAUACUCAGUACGUGAUUUAUCAAGUUAAAUUAGCUGACUGGUUUACAAAUUGA